GGAGAUGCUCUGAGGAGAAGAGCUGAGGAGUUUCAAAAUACUUUUAUACCGUCUGGAAGCUCGCACUUUACAGAAGACUGCAAUGGUGGAUCGACCGGCAUUAUGCUUAGAUACGGAUCAGAGGGCAGUGUGUGCCGGAUGCCACCGACUGAUCAGAGACAGAUUCCUGCUCAGAGUCACUGACGGCCUCUGGCAUGAGGAGUGUGUGCGGUGCGCAGCGUGCGGGGACGCGCUCAGGAACUCCUGCUUUCUGCGGGACCGCAAACUUUACUGCAAGCGGGACUAUGCAGAUCUGUUUGCAGUGCGUUGUGGAGGCUGUGCGGAGGCCAUCUCUCCCGCAGAACUGGUGAUGCGUGCAGGGGCCGCUGUGUUCCACCUGCGCUGCUUCACCUGCAGCGUUUGUUCCUGCCGCCUGCAGACUGGAGACCACUGUGUCCUCAGGGAGGGACAGCUACUGUGUGCCAGAGAGGACUACCACCAGUGUGCGGCCAGCCCAACCUCCUCCGAAACAGGUAAAAGUGAAGAUGAAGAAGAAGAGGAGGAGGAAUCUGGGAGGGUUACAGGCAGACGAGUCAGAUCAGAAGAUCUGGAAAACAAACGACCCAAAAGGCCACGCACUAUUCUGACCACUCAGCAGAGACGUACCUUUAAAGCUUCCUUUGAGGUCUCAUCCAAGCCUUGCCGAAAGGUAAGGGAGACCUUGGCAGCAGAGACUGGUCUGAGCGUCCGGGUUGUGCAGGUCUGGUUCCAGAACCAAAGAGCCAAAAUGAAGAAACUGGCCCGGAGACAGCAGCAGCAGCAGGAGCAGCAGCAGACUCAGGAGCAGCGAGAGCACCCGUCACAUCACACAGCGCCCUCCUGUGGCGGUCUGACCUCUGAGCUGGAGCACCUGGGCUCCUCGUAUACACACAUUCAGCAGCAGCAGAUGGGACUCACCACACUGGAGCAGCAGGACUACGACAUGGACCCCUUCAGACAGGGCCUGACCCCACCUCAGAUGCCAGGGGAUCACAUGCACCCCUACGGUUUUAAGGGUCUGUUCGGUGACAUGGACAGAGACCCUCUGUGUCGUGUGGCUGACAGCGAUUGCCUGUCGUUGGGUGACUCCUCUCUGCUCACCCCUAUUGACCGCCUCUACUCCAUGCAGGACUCUUACUUCACCUCCUGA